AUGACAGACGACACGCAAAAAGUCCCGGCCGACUCCCAUACGAGCGUGGCGCCCGCUACAUUCGGAGAUCCUGUCCCUACCACUCCCGCUCCCGAGGUAUACCGUGUCAGCGUUAAAAUUCCACCCUUUUGGCCCGAGGAGCCCGAAAUCUGGUUCGCUCAAAUAGAGGGUCAAUUUAACCUGUCGAAAAUUACAGUUGACGAAACCAAAUUUAACUAUGUCAUCAGCCACCUCGAUCAACAAAAUUGUAAAGAGGUAAAGGACCUAAUCAUUUCGCCUCCAACCAAUAAUAAGUACCAAAAACUCAAAGAAGAACUCAUUAAGCGACUGACCGCUUCCAAAGAUAAAAAAAUCAAACAACUGCUAAUGCACGAGCAACUAGGGGAGCGCAAACCGUCCCAGUUCCUACGACAUCUAAGGGACCUAGGCGGUCCAACACUAUCUGAAGACCUUUUAUUGACGAUUUGGAGAUCGCGCCUACCUAACAACAUCCAAACUGUCAUUGCUGUUCAACCAGAUGCUUCUGUCGACUUAUUAGCGGAUCUGGCAGACCGAGUUCAAGACAUCGCACCGGCUACGCCGCAAGUCGCAUCCACGUCCUCUGAUUCACCUGGAUCUUCUCUUAUAGAAUUAAAAAAUGAAAUUGCUGAACUAAGGAAGCAAAUACAAGACUUCAAGUUUAAUCCGGGCAGAUCCCGCACGCCCUACCGUUCCGGACCCAAUCAACGUCAGCGUAGCAAGUCUACCCGACGUUCGUCGUCUAGUUAUCAAAGGUUCCCGUUAUGCUGGUAUCAUGCUAAAUUUGGCAAGAAUGCAACUAGAUGCGACGAACCAUGCGACUUUCCAUCGGAAAACUUGCCGGGCAGUCAGUAA